AUGCAGGACCUGCGCUGGGGCGCGCAGAAUAAGCAAGGCCAGCCUCUGGGACCAGGGUGCGACAUCUGCAUGAAGGUUGUGGUGGCCCUGCUCCCCGACCGCCCGUUUCCGGACGUUGCAGAGGCCGUGAAGAAGGGCGAGGCCAAGCAUGCCUCGAAAGCUGACAGCAUGUUUCGGGAGAUGGUGUUGUCGGCCAGAGCACGCUUUUGUGAACAGCAGGAGGAGGGCAGCCGACCCCUCUUCUCGCCUGGGUCGUCCGUGUUCAACAAGACAGGGUUUGGCUACAGGAUUUACUGGGAAUACUUGCUGUGUACGAAGAAGCAGCUGGAAGAGCUCAGUGGCAAGCCUGUGAGCUCCCUUGCGGUGACUGCCGUCAGCUUCAAGUUGGAUGGCGACACUAACAGCAAGCUCUAUGCCAUCAGCAUGCAGGGCAUCUCCGAGGACCAGAUGAAGGGCAUGAAGAGGAUGCAGGUGUUCCACGAGUUGGAGGUGGAGCAUGAGGAAUCCUUUCUUAGCCCGGAGCAUCAACUACACGUGCAGCAGGGCGAGAACAAUUUCCAGUUCUACACGAAGCAGCACUUUGCUACGCGACCUGGCGUGGCAAAAGUGGGAAGCCAUCCGCCGACAUUGAGCAAGCUCAUCGAGAAUGCUGAGAUGCAGGAGGCUAAGAAUGCAGCUGUUGCAGUGCCUGGACCCAAACGGGCACGGGAGGAGCAGAAAGGCUCGGGCUCUGCUGAGUCCUCGAGCUCGAGCAGCUCAAACGAGGACAAGGGCAAGAGUGGGGCGAAUCGAACGGACCAGGCACGAUCUGCGCCUGCCCCAAGCCUGGGCAGUCUGCAGAUUGCAGAGCCCAAGAAGGAGACAAGGAGGCCUAAAGCAGCUGCGACGCCUCGCAGCCCUUCGCCUGAGACUGGUGAGAAGGCUGUUAGCAUCUCUGAAUCGAAGCCGAGGUCCUUGAAUCUGGGCGGGAGCAAGAAGGAGAAGGAGCAUGCUGCUGUGCUCGAAGAACUGGAGAGGCUAGACACAGAGAUGCUGACAGUCGCCAAGGAGCAUCUUCGCAACAAAGGAUCUUCUGUCUCUUGCUUAAAGCAACUCAAUGUGAAGCACUUCCUGACGAACGCAAAGCAAGGACAGGCAUCGAAGAUCGAAGACAAGCUCAAGGAAUACAACUCGGUGGGCGCAGCCAACCUUCUCAGCGCAAGACGUGCCGUUUGUGAAGCAGCUAGCAUCCUCGCGGAGGGUGACCUUGCCGCGAUGAAGAUAGACACCCUCCGCAAAGCGCUAGUCCAGCUGCAGGAUCACAUGGACGACAUGCCGGUGUCUGUCUUGAUCAAGGUGACCCAGAAGGUGCUGACACACAAGCUGUCGAACCUCGUCAUCCUGCGUGAGGAAAAGGAUGACUUCGCGGACGAGGCUUGCGACUUCGUGACAGCGCUGCUUCCGGUUUCUCCCACGGCUACCAUGUUUGACCUGCAAUCUCCUACUUUCCAUGGCCUUAUGGCCAAGGUGCUGGACAAGGGCGACUUCAUGGAGGUGCUUGCGGAUGACGCAGGCAGCAGCGACGACGAGGAGGCCAUCCAGAAGAGAGCCCAGGACAACGAGUCCCGAAAGGAGCAGGCGGCUCUGGCCUUACAGGAGCCUCGACAGCUUGCCUUCUGUGAUCAUAGUGACAUAGUGCUGGUGUUGCUGCUCACAACUUCCAUUCUAGCUUGUGUUCGGAAUCUGUUGUGGGCCAGUUCUGGCGAUGAAAGGUGGUUGCUGUUUGCUUACGCUCAGUGGGAAAAGUUUGCAUACUUUCAUGGGGAGGCGAGGAGUGUCUUGCCACAAUGGUGCCCUCACCUAGCUCCGUUGAUUUGCGAGGAGACUGGAAAGAGUAUCUUGGACAUUGUCAACUCCAACGGCAUGCAUGAGCUGCUGAACUUUGCCGCGAUUGCCGGAGAUGCCAAGUGCCCAAGUGCCAAUGCUAUCCGAUGCCUGGCAACUACCUUUCUGGAGUCCCAUGCAGCUUUGCAGGGGAAGCUGGAUCAGAUGGCCAAGGAGAGGUGUCUUUCCCACCUCCUUUCAGCUCCUGACGUGGGCACCCCAACCACCGCAGCAGAAGUUCUCUACUUUUCCAGCUACCAGGGCAAGGCCACUUUCGAGCGAGGUGUGAAAAUCACUUUGACGAAGAAAGACAAAGUGGCAGAUACCGAGGAGGAGAUCGCCGGGUUCUGGCAGCGGCAGAUUGACGAGGCAAUCCGCACAGCAGCCUCCACUGUGCAGUUGCGCCCCCUCUUCGACCAGGUGAACGCAAAGCUACAGGACGACAAGCUCCUGGACGACCAGGCUGGGGCGUCGUGGUUGGUCGAGUCGCUUGGGAAGCUCAAAAGCGGCAUGCGUGCCGCGGAUCUCGAGAGCCUGCUUCACGAGGCUCAGGAGCUCCUGGUGAGCAAAGCUGAGGCUAUCGUGGAGGAAGCAAAUGCUGCAGAUGCGUCCGCAGCUGUGGUCCAGGCCCUCCAGAACGGCUUGCAGCUGUUCGAGAACGAGCCGGGGAUGCUGGACAACAUGCAGGCCUUGCAGAGAUGGAUGUCCGAAAACAUUCACGAGAUCUCCGCAGGACGCUUUGCCGCACUCGCGCAGAAGGUCGUGGACACCAAGCAGCUUGACGUGGACGCCCUCGCCUCUGCGCUCAAGAAGUGCAAGCGCGGGAAGAUGACCGCCGAAAGCUCCGGCAUCGUGGAGAGUUUCUCCGCGACGUGCUACAAUGUUCUUCUGGGGGAGGUCGUCAACAAAACGAGCACGCAGCAGCACGUCAGCAAAAUCUUGACAAUUGUCGACAAGGCGCUGGGCCUUCACUGUCCUGAGACAUCCCUGGAGAAGCAGUUUGCCGUCGCGGCCUCCGCUCUCUUGAAGGGUGCCAAAGAGACGGUGGAUGCCCUGGACCAGCUGGAGAAGAUAGCCGCCACCCCAGAAGCACGCUUGCGCAAGGACAAGGACAUGAAGUUGAUGCAGCUUGUCACCACCUGCAUCUCGGACUUGCUGGAGAAGCAGCGUGACAUGUCGCAUUUCCUCCGUGAGCGUGAGGGUGAUAUGCUCCAGCAUCCAACGCUUCACAACAUCGAUUGGACCCCUUUCGCUGGCAUCGACGAGAACGAGACGUACCAGGCAUGCCUCCUGCUCAAAAUGCAGGCCGUGAUCAAGGAGAUUGACAGCAAAGCGGCCAAUUGCCUCAUGCUGUGCAAUGGCUAUGAGCGGGGUGGCAAGCAGGCCUGGACCGCCAACUUCACCGAUGAGACCACCUCGGCCGAGUUAGUCAGCGGAACAGACAGGACCUUGAAGACUUUGCCCAGCAAGGCCAUGAGUGCAGCAUGCGAGACCCUCGACGAGGAGCUCACGAAUGCUUCCAAGUUCGUGGACACUUUCGGGAAGUUGGUGCGACCGGGGGAGGCCGCUGCUGCACUGGCAAAGUUGGAGGAAAAGAUCCUUGAGCACACAGGUAGCUUGUCGGCCACUUGGGCGCUGUACUGCGAAGUCAUCCUCUUGGCAUGCCUCGUCGCGACCAAUCGUGAAAGGCAGAAGGCAAGUGUCUUGAAGAUUAGUGCGCAUUUGGUGUCGCGAAAGUACGGAGUGGAUGAAGACAAACUCUUUCAACCGCUCGUUGCUUUUACAAAGAUAAAUGAAAGUUAUGCCGGAGCCAUGCGAAUGCGAUUGUCUUCCGAGGUCUGCUGCUUCGACACCGACCUAGAAGACUCCAUCGUCCUGGCCGUGGUGAUCCAAAGUCACGUCCCGCACUGCCAGGCCGUGCAGAACAUGCGAGCGCAGUGCACCAGCUUGGACCACCACGAGGAGAAUGCAAUGCACAUCAUUGCUGCCCUCUCCGAGAUCGGGUUGGCCUUCCCCAUCCAGGUUUCAGACAUCGCUUCUCCACAGGCGAAGGACAUGCUGCUCUUUGCCAUGUUCCUAUUCCAGAACCUGCCCAAUUACGUUCCGAAGACAACGAUUGUCUUCUCUACGAUGCUGGGAGUGAACAUGACGAAGAACAUCGAGCUUACAAACCCUUCCAAGAAGGCCAUCACCUACCUCGUGCAGCUCGUGGGGUCUAGCGGCAAUGACUUUGCCGUCAAAGAGGACACCAUCAAGCUGGAGCCAAGGCAGACCUUCUCCUAUCCGGUGGAGUACUGCAGUCGCUUCUCCAGGCUUGUGGAAGACAAGAUCAUGUUCACGUCCAAACGAGAAGGCAAUGUCCACGCCGCUGCGAUGGUUUUCAAGUUGAGGAGCCGCUGCACCGGGCGGAAGCCCCGCAAGACAAUCAAUGUGUCUGCAGUGCUGUACGAGGUCGGCACGGUCGACGUGGAGUUGGAGAAUCCCUUCUCCGAGGACGCGGAGUUCACCGUGGCCCUCCGAGAGAGCACCGUCUGUGAUGCGGAGAAGAAUCCGGUCCCCUCGAAGCGAUGCGAGGGUAUGGAGGCCUUCUAUCUGAGCUCGACCCGUUGCCGGGUAAAAGCUGGAGCGACUGGCAAGUUGACCGUGUCCUUCUUGCCCUUUGAGGCACCGGCGCACUUCACGGCCCUGUUGGGGGUGUUCGACUCGAAGGCCGGGGAGUACUACUACGAGCUGAUGGGCACCUCCUCUCCACCCUUGCCACUGGAAACGUAUAAGAUGCAAGUGAAGGCGGAGGCAUCGGGGACGAAGGACAUCAUCCUGCCGCUGCGAAACAUGCAGGUCGAGCGUGCUCGCACCUGGCUGCAGAACCGGGGCGCUGGACCUCCGAAUCCACCGGACUACAUCAACUACGACGUGAAGGUCUCAUCGCCGUACUACAACGCCCCGAAGCAGGUGAGCAUCUACAACGGAAAUGCUGCCGGUGGCAAAGGCGAGGGCAAAGGCCGCGGACCAGCGGCAGAUCGGUCCCAGGGCGGUGACGGCCGCAGACCCUCGGCGCAGGCCAGCCAGGUGGCCAAGCUGGUGGUGGAGUUCUGGCCCAAGGAGCCUGGCGUGUACCCUUGCACGGUGACACUGACAUCGGAUGUCGACAUCCGCAUCUACCAGUUCGAGGGCACCGGCACAGCGCCCAACACGCACUGCUCCCUGACCUUCACCACGCAAGCUCGGAAGCCGAUCACGCAGGAGAUUCCCAUCGUGAACCCGACGGACAGAGAAUGGGCGAUCAAGCCGACCUUUUCGCAGAUCGGACAUGAAUUCGACGGGCCCCGCGAGUUCUUCGCCAAGAAGAAGGGCGCGACCGGGCAGGCCACUGUGACGACGUAUCCGCUGACCUUCAAGCCCGAGUGGGUCUGCGAUGUAAAGGCGCAGCUGGUGCUAUACAACGUGGGUACCAACGAGACCUACGAGUACGACCUGCAUGGUAUCGCAGAAGAGCCUUUGGCAGAGGAGCAUGUGGUCGUGAAGUGCGAGGCGCGGGAGAAGACCUCGCAUGUCUUCUCGGUCAAGAAUCACUCCAACAUGACUGCCACCUUAGAGGUCGAGAGUGAUCUGGUCCAUAUCUCGGGCCCGUCUUCGAUACAGGUGGAUGGCCGUGGCACUGGAGAGUACGAGUUGGUCUUCCAGCCCUUGCAGGCUGGCCAGGUCACAGGCUGCAUCAUGUUCCGGGACACUCACACCGGGCACUUCACGUGGUACACCGUCGAGCUCAUGACGCUGCCUCCGAAGCCGCAGCAACAGCUUACUUUGACAUGUGUGGUGCGACAGGCAGUGGCUGUUGACAUCCAGCUGGUGAAUCCUCUUGAUGAUGUUGUGGUCUUCGAGGUGGCCCUGAACGGCGAUGGCCUCCUUGGUGAGGCAGAGUUUGUCUUGGCCCCGAAAGAAACGGCGACCUACGAGCUGGUCUUUAGCCCGCUGCUCCCAGCAAGAACGAAGGGCACCGCUGUCUUCUUCAACGAGGUGGUAGGAGAGUUCUGGUACGACCUGUCCCUGAUUGCCGAAGCGGCCCUUCCUGAAGAGAUCCCUUUGAUGCAGUGCGAGCUGGGCAGGACGGCACAGACAACGGUGAAAGUCGACAACCCCACCGGCCAGGAGGUGGCUCUGAAGCAUCGCUCCACGAACAAGAUCAAUUUCAAGGUCAUGAACAACCGGAUCAUUCUGCCGCCUUUGGAGUCCACCGAGAUCACCAUUGAGUACAGCCCGGCAUCUCUUGGUGUCACGGAGGAAGCGCAGAUUGUCUUUGAGCAUCCUUCUAUUGGAUCUUGGGUCUACAAGGCGCAGGGCCUUGGACUGCCUCCCCUGGAAGCGCGCAGCGUGACGGUGGCGGCGCAGGUGAACCGCACCGUGUCGUCGACCAUCCAGUUCAAGAACCCGUUCUUGGAGACGAUCACGAUUUUCAUCGUGCUCGAGUCCAAGAGCGAGAAGGGUGUCUUCAACUUGCUGAGCAAGAAGGCGAAGGUGCAAAUCGGACCGUUGGCGACCACGCAGAUUCCCUUCUCGUUCUGUCCGCCAACUAUGACUCAGCACACUGCAGAGAUUGCGCUUUCAGUCAUGAAGCCAAACCUUACGUGGUCUUACCGUGUUCAAGGUGUCGCAGAAGCUCCGGCGGAUCCCACGCUGCACACUUUCACGGUGCAAGCACGCGAGUCCUUGCAGACCACCUAUGCUCUCACUCUGAUCGGCCUGGAUACCACGCCUGGAGACAGGCAUGGCGAUCAGCUCUCAUGCCAAUUGGAAGUGCCGCCGCAGCAUCAGGCCAUGGUCUCCAAGUGCUUUGACAUCAGCUUGGACAGCGAGGCGCCUGUGCGAACGGCUUCCAGUCAGGCAUCCAAGGCGCGGUCUGCCAGGACGGCCGAUGGUCAGGUGAUGCUGAAGGUGGCUUUCAGUCCUUUGCGACCUUUUGUGGCCCUCUGCAAUUUGGUCAUCACCCGGGCCUCUGGGGGCCGCUGGCGCUUCGACCUGAAGCUGGAAGCCACCGAGCCGGAGGUGGACGACAUAAUCUCAAUCCAAUCGCCGCUGAACAAGCCGGCGAGUGUGGCUUUCAGGUUGAACAACCACACCAGCGUGUACUCCGAGUUUGAAGCAUUCUUCGACGCGGAGUCUGCGUACGAGUUCACGGUGCAGCCCACGGCAGGAGUUCUGGAGCCAGCGGGGACGAGUGGCACCACCUUUGUGGUCACGUACAAGCCCACCGAGUAUGGCAAGCCUGUGCAGGGCAAGCUAAUCAUUCAGACAGAGGAUGUGUUCUGGUCCUACCUUGUCAAGGGCACGCACCCGAAGUACAGUGCCCCAGUGGUGGACAAGCCGAAGGUAGCAACCAGGCUUACGAGGGAGAUGGAGGCGCAGUUGCAGAAAGCCUCCCAGAGUCGUCGCAAGAAUUUCAUCAAGGAGAACAUGCGCGGAGGAGGGCCGAGAGAAUGA